AUGGAUACCAAGGACAUUACCAACUCCGAAGAAUAUUUUGCCUUCGUUAAACAGAGUAAAGAAAAUGCAGAGCUAGCAGAACGUCGCAAGGGCGAAAAGCCUCGAGAUCAUCCCCCGCCCAGCUUACUUGUCCUACAAUUCACAAUGAAGCUUUAUCAAUCCGCUAGUAUGGGUGGCAUGAUGAACUACAAGCUCUACACGUCGCAAGUACCACCAUACUACCCCCCAUGUAUCCGUCCCCUACAGGAUCUCAAGCCUCUGAUGAUAUCAGAAAUGAUGCUUGAGAACCAUCAUCGGGGGAGCUAUGCUUUGGUCCACGUCUUGACGCCACCCGAUCGGAUGACUGCCGUUAUGGCCAUCGUUGAAGACGAGGAGGGUACCGCGAUCUUGCUUCAGCUCUACAACCAGCCCGAAGAAUCCAAGGUUGCCAAAGAACAUAUUCUAAAAGCUCAUGAUAUUUGUAUCAUUAAGGAACCUUUCUUCAAAGUUACCAACAGUGGCGCAUAUAGCUUGCGGGUCGAUCAUGUUAGCGACAUCAUCUGGCUCGAGGAUACGGACAAUCGCAUUCCUCUAGAAUGGAGGAAAAGGUUUAUAAGUCUAGACGAGAGCUCUGAGGACAUACGUAAGGAGGGAAAUGAGGCAGUUCAGAAAAAGGACUGGGCUAAGGCGGAGCAGCUGUAUACGAAUGCGAUACGCGCCGCCAGGACUGCUAAGGAGGAAAAGCUAGCUUAUCUUAACCGGUCUCUCACCAACCUCUACCUCGACCGGCCGGAGAAAGCACUCAGCGAUGCACAGAAGAGCAAUGUGGGCGAUGAUUCUCCAAUGGAAAAGGCCUUAUUUCGAGAGGCCAAGGCUCUCUACGCACUGGGGAAGUUUAGCUCUUGCUUGGAGAAGCUUUUGGCCGUCGUGCGUUCCAACCCCAAGAAUUCAGAUGCGUGGAACGAGAUUAAGCGAGUUAAGCAACGUCUCCGCGAGGAAGAAAAAGGAUCGUAUCAAUUCGGAAGCAUGCACAAGCAGGCUGAAGAUACUCCGCCUUUGAUUGACUGUGCAACAUAUGUUGGGCCAGUGGCCAUCCGUGAUUCGCCCGGUCGAGGUAAGGGUCUGUUCACCACGAAGGCAGUCAAGGCAGGGGAGCUUUUAUUAUGUGAGAAAGCUUUUGCGUACAGCUACGCUGGCGAUGAUAGCAAUACCGGCAUAUCGAACACGACUAUUUUGAUGAAUUGGCACACUAACACCAUGUCCAUGGGCGGCCAAGCAAACCUCAUCACCCAGAUUGUUCAGAAACUAUACCAUAACCCUGAUGGGACGAAGGUAUUCACUGAAUUGCAUCACGGUGACUAUACCCCUGUUGCGAUAUCUGAGGUCGACGGAGCUCCCGUGGUUGAUACAUUUCUCGUCGUGAAGACUAUUCAGAUGAACUCUUUUGGGACCCCACGCACCAGUUACAAGUCAACUAUGUUGCCCAUGGUCAAUCAAAAUAGUGAGCUAAAUGACAAGUCUACUGAAUAUACCACAUGCGGCAUCUGGCCCAUAGCAUCACGCAUCAACCAUUCCUGCAUCACCAACUGUUAUCGCACCUUCAUCGGCGACAUGCAAAUCAUACGGGCCAGCCAAGACUUAGAGGCGGGCACGGAGUUGCGCUUCAUGUACUGGUGCCCCAGGACAAACGAGACCUAUGAAGAAACCCAGAAGAAGCUCAAACGUAGCUGGGGGUUUGUCUGCGACUGCGCGCGGUGCCUUUACAAGAAGUCCACGCCUCAAAGUAUCACCAAGAAACGCCAGACUUUAUUCCUCUCCCUGAAGCCCUUAUUGAAGCGGGGGUUUUCGCCGGCACAACUGAGUCGAGCGAGGAAGAUAAUCGAAGACUUGGAGAAGACGUACACAGCCAAGCAGGAUGCGCCGCCGGUGGUGCGCUCCGAGUUGUCGGGGCCUUACUACGGGGCAGGCGCAGACCUGAUCUCAAGAGGUAAAUUUGCAGACGGCUUGGAGAUGAUUCUCAAGGGGCUAGAGACGCUCGGAUACGUCGUCGUAGCCCGCCCACCAAGAGACAUGGGGCCAGGGAAGAAGGCAGUGCUGGAGAUAAAGCGCUGGGGGGAAGCCAACGCAAAUACCGUAUGGGCACUCUUGAGUAUGAUGCAAGCUUACGAAGUUCUUGCCCCAGAGCUCUGCAAUACCGUCAAGGGAUAUGCCCACGUCAUCUAUAGAAUAUGCUGUGGUGAAAGCGAGACCAUUGGUAAAAUAUUUCCGGACCUUGCGUAG